AGCAGGAACUUUGGGAGCGCUGCAGCCUCUACGGGUUGCAACUGCACUGCCAAGAUGAAUCAGGUGCUCCAGUCUCCUCUGCCGUUGGCGUCCGACGAUUCUUUUCUCCAGGACCAGGAAUGCUCCGACAGCAUUGGUUCGCAUGCACAUCAUCCUCACCAACAUACCCACAGCUCCUUUGCAGCUGUUCCCGACCUGAAGCGCGAACUCUCGCUCGGCCAGUCACCGUCGGCCUCGCACCUGUCGUCGUCGUCGAUAGCCAGCCGUUUUCCUCCCUACCGUUCCGACCCCUCCUAUCCGCAAUCUACCCUUUUGCACACGGGCUCAAGUCCCCUCUCCACCCCCCCCAGCUCCAACACCUCGUCUCUGUUGGGCUUCAACACCCCGGCCCCCUCCCCAUUCGCCUACAGCAAUUCCUUGCCGUCGUCGUCAAACAACACCUGCUCACCUUUUGGUUACGGCAGCACCAUGUCGUCGAGUCGUCCACCCUCUAUGAUGACUGAAUCCUCGUCGGCUAUGCUGCCUCCGACGCGCACGUCUGGCCUGGGACAUCCCGUGUCACCCCCCCUGGCCUCCUCCGCCAGGGAUACUUAUGCCUCGUCAACACCAUCUCUGAGUCGGCAUACCUAUCCUCUUUCUUCCCCUCACACCGGCGGUGACCUGUCCCGCUACAGCCAGGACACGCCUAGGACUUCCCUAAACACCCCCAUCGCCAUUCCUCACGCUUAUGCUCCCUCUGUUAUGGCGUACAACCCAGCCGAAGGCCUCCAGGAUUCCCCGCCUUUUCACCAGCAAGAAACCUAUUGCGACAUCACCAGUGAAGGUGUGCUCAUCGUCCCAAAUCUCGAAGUCAAAAUCGAAAAAGGCUUCUUCUAUUCCCCCGACCGCGUUUGGACAUGCUACCGGAGAAACUACUUUGCUGUCAACGUGCAUCACGGCCUUGCACCAAGCCCGUCACCGAAUUCUAGGCUCUAUUUGACCAAGACCGGCAGCAACAAACAGGCCCAGCAGAUACAAUCUUUCGCCGUAUCGCUUGCAGCCGCCGUCGAUGGAUCGACCGGCAAGGGGGUUGACCUGAUCCAGCACACCGCGAAGCGAGACAAAGGUCCGCAGCUUACCAUGAAGAAGGAGCUUUGUGCUCCUACCCCACCGGCAAAGUCGAACGAGCACAGCAACUAUGCCCUUCAAAACAAUUACAAUCAGGGUAACCAUUUCGUGGGUCCUCAGUUGCCUCUACAAAACGUGAGUGACCAGGACUCUUCGCAGCAGUAUUCGCCCGCUACCCACACCGGCAAGGACAAGUACCAGCACGUUUUUGAGCGCAUUCAGUUCAAGUACGCUACCGCAAACAAUGGCAAGCGCCGGGCUCAACAGCAAUACUACCAUCUCAUCGUGGACCUGUGGGCCAAUAUACAGAACCCGAUAGAUCCCGAGCCAAACUGGGUUCGAGUCGCUUCCCGCUCUUCCCAUCCUGUCGUCGUUCGUGGGCGUUCUCCCAGUCAUUACAAAGACGAAACCCCACACAAUUCAAAUAAUUCCAGGGGAACUGGCAGCGGCGGCAUGGGUGGCCCAGGUCAUCACGGCCUUGGCUCCAACUCUGGUACCACGUUCAGCACAUAUACCAGUGGUUUAACUCGCAGCGGUGCUUCAGGAAUGGGCAGUGGUAUUUACAGAGGUGCGACAUACUCGUUGAAUCCGAGCCCUGCCGGUAGCCACUCGGUCAGUUCCGCCAGCUCACUCAGUGGAGGUCCGGUCGAAAACCUUGUUGGUGAUCAUCAUAUGAUGGACGGAGAAGACGUCAAGCUGGGGGAUAGCCAUCAUGACUAUCAGUACUACCCGGCUCCCAUCUAUGAAGCCAAGUUGGAAUCCGCCUCAUUACCCCACCCCGAUCGUCGAAUCAAGGAGGAGUAUCCGGGCAACACUCAUAUGAGCACUGGAUGGCCUCUGGGAGGAGGAUGCGGUCGCUUUCAGGGCAUGGAAACCAGCCGUGGCUAUUAUCCCGAUAUCCAUACUCAUGCGACAGGCUAUUGA